UAAUGACCCAUCUGUCAAGCUCCUUAAGUUUGCAGACGACACUACAGUCAUAGGCUUCAUCACAGAUGGAGACGACUUGGAGCUCGAUACGCUUAAAACAGUGAUGAUAGUGGAUUUCAGGAGAAAACACCCUGCACCGCCCCCAUGCACCAGCAUGGACAGCACUGUGGAUACUCACAUCAACAACAUUGUUAAAAAAAAAACAAAAAAAAGGCUUUAGCCAGUUUAGAAAGCUUAACCUGCCACAGGAGCUGCUGAAAGUAUUAGUGCUGUUCCCCUGCCCACCUUUCAAGAACCUUAUAUAUCCAGAGUGAGGAAAAGGGCUCAGAACAUCACUCUGGAUCCCUCACAUCCAAGUCAAUCCGCUUUUUGAACUUUUACCGUCUGGUACAAGUUGGUACAGAUGGUACGAUACAGAGCCCCACAUAAAGCCCGUUCUGUUUCUGAUUCUGAUUGAAGCGACGUCGCCAUAGCGACGUUACCUAGCAACCGAAACAAACGCUAAACCUUCAAUGUCCACGACACACAAUUAAAUGAGAAAUGGGAAAAGACUAUUACACGACAUUGGAAGUUCACCGAGGCGCAUCUGACGCGGACUUUAAACAAUCGUAUCGUCGACUAGCACUGAAAUAUCAUCCACAAACCAACAGCCAGCCAGAUGCCUAUGAGAAAUUCAACCAACUUGGAGAAGCUUAUGAUGUUCUGAGUGACCCUCGAAAAAGGGCCACAUACGAUAAGUUUGGUGAAGAGGGCCUCAAGGGUGGAAUUCCUCCAGAGUCAGCAGCAAGUGGCGCAUGGUCAUCUGGAUACACCUAUCAUGGAAAUCCUGAGAAAACCUUCAGAGAGUUCUUUGGCGGAGAUAAUCCUUUUGCUGAUUUUCACACCUCAGAAGAGGAGCUGGCUUUUGGGGGCCUCCGUGGACGAGAGGUGAAAAAGCAGGAUCCACCCAUUGAGCGUGAAAUGCAUUUAACCUUAGAGGACCUUUUCCACGGAUGCACCAAAAAGAUCAAGAUAUCGCGACGUGUAAUGAAUGAAGACGGUCAGACGUCAAGCAUCAAAGACAAGAUUUUAACCAUCAUCGUGAAACCAGGCUGGAAGGAAGGGACACGGAUUACAUUCCCAAAAGAGGGAGAUCAGGGGCCAAACAGCAUCCCAGCAGACAUCAUUUUCAUCAUUCGUCAAAAACCUCACCCACUGUUUGUCCGUCAGAAUGAUGACUUGAUUUACACACAAAACAUAUCACUGGAGAAGGCACUGACUGGGUUUUCGGUGGAAGUAGAGACACUAGAUGGCAGACUACUCAACAUUCCUGUCAACGAGAUUGUAUGUCAACAGUACAGGAAGUCAGUGACUGGAGAGGGAAUGCCUUUAUCCAGCAACCCAACUGCACAUGGAGAUCUGAUCAUCCAGUUCAAUACCCAGUUCCCACAGAGUCUCUCGGCUGAGAAGAAACUGCUUAUUAAGCAAGCCCUUUCUAUGUGACUUCCUGUCCCAUACCCAC